CGUAAAUAACAAUAAUUAUUAUUAUUAAGUAGCAAAUAUACCUAAAAAGUUAUAUAAUGUACCAAGUUAUAUACUUACUUGAUAACUUUUUGGGCGGUGUAAGUUCUGUAAAUCGUUGUUAGCUCGAGAAAAAUAAUGUGGAAUUCUUGCUCGGCAAAUAUCGGAUAUUUUAUAUUUACUUCGUUACAAAUCUGUUUUUCAAGAAUACUACGUACAGUUUUAAUAAAAUGCUUUACGGAAUGUAAAUCCAUUUUAAAAUCAUUUUUUGACACUUCUAUAUUUAUCCGCUUGAUUAAAAUAUCUUUACAAUAAUUGACGCAUUCAGUGAUUGCUUCAAGUUUUUUCAAGCGUUCAUUAAUGCAUACACAUAUUUCUUUAAGAUUAUCAAAAGUGUUUUUUUGGAUUAUUAUUGCCCAGGGGUUAAAUUUUCUUCUCUUUUUUGCAGCAUCUUGACGAUUUUGUAUAUCAAGCUCUUCCCUGCAGUAGUUUUGCAAACCCUCAAUAAUUAUAGAUCGUUGACCAUAUGAAAUUGUGAAUAGUAGUAAGAAAUCUUCUUUUAUAAAUUGCUGAUCACGCAUUUUCUCAGCCACGUCAUCAGUCGUAUCAAAAUAUUCGGAUAUAGUGUUAAAAUCUUUCUGGAAAUUAUACCAGGUAUUUGUUUUAAAUGACACGCCAAUAAAAUCUUUUCCGAUUAAACGAGCCGCUGGAUAUAAAUCGCCACUUUGUUCAUCUUCUUCAAAUCCGAUAAUUACUUUCUUACCAAAAGAAAGAUUUAAUUUAUAUAUUGUAGAUAGAAGAAGUUGUUUCUCUACAAAUUUGCACGAAUUACUUGUUUCACAUGAUUCGGAAUUGGUACAGCUGCUAUCCGUUUUUCGUUUUGCCAUGUCGUUAGUCACUGUACAAUAUAUCGCAAGGUACUUAUUAGCUUAAUUAACAAACGUCUAAUGAACCCUGUGCUGUCAAUCUUAUACACUGAAGAUUAGUGCAAUAGUGAGGCAGAAGGAUUACCUAUAAAUCUUAAUAUACCAUAGUGCCGCAAAUCCGGACUCCCCAAAGUUAACACAUAAAGACAAACACAUGCCCGCGUUAGGUAAUAUGAAACCGCCUGCUACACGUCUCGCGAUAAAAAACGAGUAUUCCAUACCAUUAUUACGUCAUCGUUUGGGCUUGUACAUCAUGUGUGAAACAAAGCAGCGUUUUUAUUUAAUAGAUAGACAAAUAACAAAUAAACGAUAAUAAAAACGUUAAUAUUAGAAUUUAUUUAAAACCGUUAAUAAUAUAAUAUCUUUUCCUUAUAUCCUGUAUUAUAUUAUUAAAUGAUAAAUUCUAUCCUUAAUCUAAUUUAUUUUAUUAUCUAUCUAACUAUUUAUCUAGUUAGUUAUUAAAAAACGCUGCAUCAGAUAUAAUUGACACCAUUCACUCUAUCGCUCAGGAUGCUGAGACAGCGGCUGAGACUGAGGUGUAGGGAAGAGGGCACCGAUAGAUGUGUCGGUGGAAGUGAAUGAAUAGCCUGAGAAGGAAGAAUCUAUUUUAUUACUAUUAUUGUUUCCGUGUUACAAAAAAUGUAUUCAGAUAUAAAACUUUAUACAGCCCGUUCCGGAGAUGUCUGCGAUGUCUUGUCAUCAAAAAACUAACGAGUAGAAAUCCUGAGAAUCAGCUGAUGCUGCAGAAAUCUUAUAACUCGUUAGAGAGCAUUUUGUAACAUUUAGUAUAUCGAGAACUUUGAGCGAAUAAAGUUCUGCGUUAAAAUGAAUCUCCGCGAAAUAAUAAUUAAAGUACAGAGUGUUUUAAUACCGCGCUCUUCGUAUUUAUGCCGUGUUUGUAAUAGAGCCUGGUGUACACAUUUACGGAGUGAUUCACGACAAACUUUAUUAAAAAAAUUUAAAUUUUUAAUAAAUCACACCACUUUACGUAAUAUUAUAAAAUGUUAAUCGCGGAUUGUUCUCUGGUGAUCGUGACAUCCUACAUAUUAUUUAUAACGAAAUUGUGCGACGUGGCUUACACAAUAUGACUUACGUUAAAAAUAUUGUAUCCAGAUAUGAUGAACGACGUAGUAAGUAUAACAAAUUUGCAGAAGUUGGCUGCAAUUCGCUCAUCUAAACGUAUCAAGAGAGCGGAGGGAAGAGAGUAAUCGAAAUAAUAGAUAUUACAUUUUAUUAGACAUACAAGAGAUACUAGCGAAUGACGAGGACGAUACAUUUCUAAUUGAGUGUAUCGAGCAAUUUGAAACCUGUAUUUCAACCACGAACCCUAACAAUAACGAAUUAAUCGGUGAAAAUAGUAUCACUGAUAACACUGCUAACACUACCGAUAUUACGAAUAAUACUGGUACGAUUAAUGAGGAAAACAAACACGAUAUAAAUAAUGAUCGUGACAACUCUAAUGAAUUUUUAAUGGAGGGUGGAGGUUGGAUGUGGCAGGAAUUUCUAAAACUUCCUCAACCAACGGCGUUAGAAACGAUACAGAGUGGUUACGUUAAUGAAAAACCAUUUGACGCUGUACAAGAUGUCGGCUUAAUUAAUAACGCCGUUUACGCUGAUAAUAAUAAUGGUAUGAAGUUUCAAUUUUUAUUGCUGAGUAUAUAAAAUUAGUUAUAUCUAACAAGCUUCUAAUGAUAUUGGGUGGGUAUGGUCAGAGUUUCCACGGUUUUCUCAGGAAUUAUCGUUGGAAAUGGAACGGGACGUUGAUGCUAUACAGAGUAUCUCUAUGGUUAGACCCGUGACAAUACAGACAAAUUGUUGGAAAUGGUGCAGAACGAUGAUGAUAUACAAGGCACCUCUUUAGUGGAGUCUACGACAAUAACAGACGAGGUCACCGAUACUAAUAACGGUAUAUCAUCAAUGCAAGUGGAGUGUGGUCGCUCUACUGCUGUAGAAGUGGGGGAAAAAGAAGAGUCGCACGAGAUUAGGAGAGAAGACGUGAUAGAUGUGGAUCCUAUUGAAGAAAGAGACGCGUUACAACACGCUCAAAAUGAAGUCGGAGACCCAAUAACAUUUAAUAUAUCGAACGAGAACUAACGCUAUUUCCAACGGUUUGAUGCGAUCGUGAAAUAACGCUCGUUAUUUGUCAGGCUCCAGAGGCUAUCGAUUCAUUAAUGUGGCUGGAUAAAGUACUUGUAGAAAUACACGCAUAUCUUACAAAUUCGAGUGAUCCUAACGAUUACAUAGGUAUAACAUUUACAGCCGAUACUUUUUCACUUGGUCCAAUGUGGUUAUCUUUCCGUUAUGUAACCCACCAAUGUGGUUAUCUUUCCGCGAUUUUCAAUAUAUAGACUUAUGGGCACUAGUGAGCCGAGCCGCACAAAGCAAUACAAAUUUUUGUAUUAACGAUAGCUGUACGAUAACAUGUUGUGUAAUACGUGGAGUAAACGGAUGUUCGCGAAGAAAAUUAACCCAUGAUAAUGUGGCAAAACGGUCGAUAUUAACGAUAACAAAUACCGAUAAUUUAUGCCUCCCACGUUCAUUAGUAACAGCUUUGGCAUAUGCAGAACGCGGUGAAAUUCGUUCGGGUGAGUUACAUCGUUAUUGGAUGGCUAUACGUUUGGCUAGGGGUAAACUACAAAAAGAAAAGGCGCUCGAGCUUGUAAGAAAUGCUAAAAUAGAUAUACCGCCUAAUGGUUGCUCUAUAUCGGAGUUAGAGUAUUUUCAAAAAUAUUUAGCAAACUCGGGUGUAGCUAUAGUUGUAUACGAGGUUGAAACGCUAGGGCAUGGUGGAGAGCCUUUAUAUGAUGGGACGGCUUAUGUAAUAAAUUCAUUCACCAGCGUCGUACAUACGCUGCGUGUUCUAUAUUAUUGAAGAUUACACCAUUUUGAGCCGAUUCUAAAUUUACGCGCCGCUGUAGGAAAUAGGGGUUUUUGCGUGUUUUGCAAUGUAGCGUAUACUAGAAUAAGCGAUCAUAAAUGUUCGCGCAAAUGUAAUCGUUGUAUGGGCCAACCACCGUGUAUAAUAACCGCAAAUCCCCGUAUUAAAUGUAAUUCUUGUAAACGCUCUUUUUAUAACAACGAUUGUUUUCAACAGCAUUUAAAAAACCCGUACGACGACACAAAUAAGAGAAAAAAAAAUAAAAAAAGUGUUUGCAAUACAUUAAAAAUAUGUGACACGUGCUCAAGAUUUAUUACAAUAGAUAAAAAAAGGGAACAUGAUUGUAACGCAAAACAACGCGGUGUAUUGCAAAACAUGUAAAGAUUUUUGUCAUAUUAACCAUUUAUGCUAUAUACAGCCUAUAAAACAAACUACCGAUAAACGACCAAAAAUAUUGUUUUUAUUUUAUGAUUUUGAAACACAACAAAACACGCGCAUUAGAGGGGAUGAUAAAAAACGUGCACAUGUACCAAAUUUAUGUGUUGUGCAACAAACAUGUACUUAUUGUUUAGAAGAUAAUGAUGAUGAUAUGACAAAAGUAUGUCAAUAUUGCGGUAUACGUGAAUAUGUAUUUGAUCAAGACUCUGUAAAGCAACUUGUUGAUUUAGCUACAAAGCCACUACGCUCGUUUAGUCGUACAAUUUGUAUUGCCCAUAAUGCGAAAGUUUUUGAUGCUCAAUUUAUUUUGAGACAUUUUGCUACGAGAGGCGGUGUAAAUGAGAUGCCGUCAAUAAUACUAAAUAGUACAAAUAUCGUUAUAAUGACGAUAGGGCACACGACAUUUCUCGAUAGUUUAAAUUAUCUUCAUAUGCCAUUAAGUGCUUUACCAAAAGCUUUUGAACUUAACGGUUGUACUACAAAAGGUAUAUUCCCACAUUUAUUUAAUACACCUGAAAAUCAAAAUUAUAUAGGACCGUUACCAGAUUUGAAAUAUUAUUUAAGUUGUUAUAUGCAAAAUAAUGAGCGCGAACGGUUUUUAUCUUGGUUUACUAAAGCAAAACAAUUAAAUUAUAUAUUUGAUUUUAAAAAAGAAAUCGUACAUUAUUGUAAAAAUGAUGUGACGAUAUUACGUAAAGCCUGCUUAGCUUUUCGUAAAAUGUUUAUUAAAUGUGGUAAGGUUUGCCCUUUCGAGGAAAGUAUCACAAUAGCAUCAGCCUAUUCACGCGUUUAUCGUAAAAAUUUUCUUCAAAAAAAUAAAAUUGGUAUUAUACCAACGGGCGGUUAUCGUUGGGGUCAAAAUCAAUCGCGUAAAGCUGUUUCUUGGUUGAUUUGGACAGAGCGCGAAUUGGGUCGUGUUAUAGCUCACGCUGGACAUGGUCGUGAGACACGAUUACCCGAAGGUGUUUUAGUUGACGGUUAUUAUGAAGAAAUCAAUAACGGCGUGACGAUUAAUCAUGUUUUGCAAUUCCACGGCUGUUAUUGGCAUGGCUGUACCCGGUGCUACACUGUAAAUAGAAACCAAGGAAUCGGUAAUACAAUGGAUGCCCGUUUAGAACGUACUCAGUUUAUUACAGCAAAAAUUAUAGCUGCUGGAUAUGUUUUAACAGAAAUGUGGGAGUGCGAUUAUGAACGUAUUUUAAAAUCUAGAGAAGAUAUGCGUAUGUUUUUAAAAAAUUAUCCAGCUAUAUCUCAGCCUGCGUUAAAUCCCCGCGAUGUUUUUUACGGUGGUCGUACAGAGAACAUGGUGUCUCUUUACGAUGUAAAGGAUAAUGAGAAGAUACAUUAUGUCGAUGUAUGUUCUCUUUACCCAUAUAUUUGUAAAACAGGUAUAUUUCCUGUAGGACAUCCGAAAAUAUAUGUCGGUGAAGAGUGUCACGAAUUAACGGGUCCUACAGGUGUCGAAAUUGAUAAAAUAGAAGGACUCGUUUAUUGUUCAAUAUUACCACCGCGUACGCUUUAUCAUCCUGUAUUACCGGUGCGUAUGCAUGGUAAAUUAAUGUUUGCUUUAUGUCGUACAUGUUGCGAAAAUAUGUGUCAAACAGCGUGUACACACGAGAAUGUUGCCGAUCGCGAAUUCACCGGUACGUGGGUAGUACAAGAAAUACACAAAGCUGUAAGUGUUGGUUAUAAGCUUGUAAAUAUUUAUGAAAUUUGGGUAAUACGAGGUAACGCAAUAUAAUCCCCAAUCUAAGGAGGGUGGUCACUUCACAGAAUACAUUAAUACUUUUUUAAAAAUUAAGCAAGAAGCUAGCGGUUGGCCUUCCGAUUGCACCGAUGAAGAGUCAAAAAAACGAUACAUAAAGGAAUAUGAGCGAGCGGAGGGUAUUAAAUUAGAUCCUGAAAAAAUAUGUAUCAAUCUUGGUCUCCGAGCUGUUUCAAAACUAUGUUUGAAUUCUUUUUGGGGAAAAUUUGGUCAACGUGAGAAUCUACCUAAAGUUGAAAUUGUAACAACGCGUAAAAGAUUAAUACAACUGCUUUCUAGUAACGAAAUUGAUGUUACAAGUAUAUUACCUGUUAAUGACGAUGUUUUAUAUGUUGGUUAUGUAUAUACAGAUGAAAAUUUAACGCCAUCCGCUCUAACAAAUGUUGUGAUAGCUGCAUACACGACAACUCAAGCGCGUUUAAAAUUAUAUGAAUAUCUCGAGCGCCUCGGAGGUAGGGCUUUAUAUUGCGAUACCGAUUCAUGUAUAUACGUAAGCAAUAAUUCUCAGAACGCUUAUGAACCACCAACAGGUAAAUUGUUGGGUGACUUGACGAAUGAAUUAGCGUGCUACGGUGAGGGUAGUUACAUUAAAUCUUUUGUUUCGGCUGGCCCGAAAUUUUACGCAUUUCUUGUACGUAAACCCGAUGGUAGUACCGUAGAAAUUUGCAAAGCUAAAGGUAUAACUCUUAAUUUUGCAAACAAUAAAUUAAUCAACUAUUAUUCCGUCAGAUAACUCGUUAUAGUUAAAGGAGAUACGUCGAUAACACUUCAUUUUGACUCUAUCAAACGUACGGAGCUUCAUAACGUAAUAACGAGUACAGAGAGUAAAACAUGUAAGCAGACAUUUGAUAAACGAAGACGGUAUGGGCCUUAUGGGUCGUUACCAUACGGUCAUUGUAACUUAUAAUUAUUUGUUAUAUAAUUGUAUUUUUGAGCUUUUGAAUAAAAUAUCUAUGUAUUAUCAGAAGUUUAUCGAUUUUUCUAAUAUUUACCUGUAUUACGAUAUAAAAGUUUUUAAGUAAAAACAUCAGCCAUCGAGCGUUAUUCGUAAAAAUGGAUACACGGUGGAAACACCCUUGGACCUCUAUGAUCUGCGGUCCCACAGGCUGUGGUAAAAUCUUUUUUGUGAAAAAAUUUUUUCGGAAUAUGAAUUUUAUGAGUAAUACCAAGUUUGACCGCGUAUUAUUUUACUAUUCAGAAUGGCAAUCAGGUUACACCAAAUAUGGUGAUAAUGUCGAAUUUCGUGAAGGUCUACCGCGAAAUGAUGAUCCACGGCCAAAGCUUAUUGUUAUUGAUGAUCUCAUGCGCGAAGCAUCUGAUAACAGUGUUAUAGAUUUAUUCAUGAAAGGGAGUCAUCAUAAAAAUCUUAGUGUCAUUUUUAUUACACAAAAUUUAUUUCACCAAGGACGUGGUAUGCGCGAUAUUUCAUUAAAUGCUAAUUAUAUAGUUGUGUUUAAAAACCUAAGAGAUCGGGCCCAAAUACAGCAUUUAGCGCGCCAAGUUUACCCUGAAAAUACACGGUUCUUAUGGGAGGUAUAUAACGAUGCGACUACACCAGCACACGGUUAUUUAUUACUUGAUUUAAAGUAAUCCACACCGGAGAGUUGUCGUUUUCGCACCCAUAUAUUUCCUGAUGAUAAGUACCAACAUGUUUAUAUACCACGUAAAAAACUAAAAGACAGGAGUACCGCACAGGAAAUACCAAUAAUACGUAUCUAAUACUUUUACAAAAUUUAUCUGAUAUAUAGAUGUGUUUUUUAAUGUGCUUAAAUACGAUCAUGAAUUCAAAUUUUGUC